UUUCAAACGAGAAUAAGAUCCCUUCUUUUCCGUAUUUCGCAUUUUUUUGUAACUUACAGCUCUAUUCAUGUACAAAAAUCUAUAUAAAAAGCAUAAGAACCAGGUUAAAACGAACUCAUUCGAACAUACCAAGUGGCGAGACUGCUAUGAACCAGGUCAUUUUGACAAGCGUUACUACAAAUGCAAGUAUUACAAAGCCGUAAAUGCUGAUGAUGGUAAGCAAUAGACCUAAAUCUAUCUUACAUACAGCACUUAAUUGCUUGUAAGUAACCUCCUUAAAGUUGGU